AGCAGCGCUCUGCGAAGCGGGUCUUUAGCCGGGAAAGCUAAUCUGUCGUGCCUCUCGGGGCUCAGCCAGUGAGAGGCGGGGGGUGUGGUAGAGGGAAUGCGCAGGCCGAGUACUUUAGGGCCUCGCUGCCGGCCAGGCCUGGCCUCCUCCUCACCAGCGCGCGCGCAUGCGGUGCCCCGCAGCCGGGAAUUCGGAGGGCGGCCACCCAGCUGCAUCAUGGUGACCCCCUGCCCCACCAGCCCCAGGAGUCCCGCCGCCCGGGCUGGGAAGCAGGACGACCAGAACCUCCGUGCCCCGGUGAAGAAGAGCAGGUGCCCACGCCUCCGGAGGAAACAGCCGCUGGAGCAGUUGAACGCGUGCCCGUUUCCCGGAGACUCUGGUGUUUGCGACCUGUUCGAGUCGGCCAGCUCCGGCUCGGAUGGGGCAGACAGCCCCGCGGCGUCCGCGACGCAAAGCGGCAGCGCCUUACCGGGUCCAGCCCUGCAGCUGGGGCAGUUAGAUCUACAGACCUUCCGCGACUACGGUCAGAGCUGCUAUGCCUUCCGCAGGGCGCGGGAGAGCCACUUCCACCCUCGGGAGUCGCUGGCGCGGCAGCCACAAGUAACGGCGGAAUCCCGCUGUAAGCUGCUCAGCUGGCUGAUCCCCGUGCACCGCCAGUUUGGCCUCUCCUUCGAGUCUCUGUGCCUGACAGUGAACACUCUGGACCGCUUCCUUUUAACCACGCCUGUGGCUGCAGACUGCUUCCAGCUGCUCGGGGUCACGUCCUUGCUCAUCGCUUGCAAACAGGUGGAGGUGCACCCGCCGCGCGUGAAGCAGCUCCUGGCCCUGUGCUGCGGCGUCUUCUCUCGUCAGCAGCUCUGUAACCUCGAGUGUAUUGUGCUACACAAACUGCACUUCAGCCUGGGCGCACCAACCAUCAGCUUCUUCCUAGAGCAUUUCACGCACGCACGCGUGGACGCCGGACAUGCAGAAGUCUCCGAAGCCCUGGAGGCGCAAGCCCUGGCGCGCGGGGUGGCGGAGCUAAGCCUGGCGGACUAUGCCUUCACCAACUACACUCCCUCCCUCCUGGCCAUCUGUUGCCUGGCGCUAGCUGACCAUAUGCUGCAGUUUCCGCGCCCGGUGGACUUGCACCUGGGCGGACACCCGGAGGCAGCGCUGCAGGACUGCCUGGGCAAGCUGCAGCUACUGGUGGCCAUAAACGGAACCUCCCUGACUCACAUGCUGCCUUUCCAGAUCUGCAAGAAGUGCAGCCUGUUCCUGAGCUCGAAAUAAAGUAGACCCUUUGUCUCUUUAUCACCUGGCCGCUGGACCUUGCCCAUUCUUUGAAAGAGUGGGGUUCAGAGAUCCCACUUGGUCAUCCGCUCAUCUUGCUGGUUGUAAAUAGUGUACACAGUAGAGUCUAGUCGUUUAUUUAUUUUGCUGAGCGUGCACAAGAGAGCCGAAUCUUUCCCCCAAUAAACUGACUGUCCUGGCUUGUU